UGGCGUUUGGAAUAACCCCCCGUGUGCGUACGACUGUGUGUGUGCGCGCGUGUGUCUCCUGAUUUCACCCUCACAACACACGCACACACACACACACACGCACACACACGCGCACACGCUGACAACACGAGUCGGACGCGCACAUUCGGUGUCUGUCUGACUGCAGCGGCGGAGCUCCCGGCAGCACAGAUCCGGUCGGAAAGGAUUUCUUCCAUUUUUACGCGCAACUUUUUCUCCCCGUUCACCGCCGCGACUCUUCUGGAUUUCCUAAACAACCCGUCCGCCGGCUGCCCCCCCCCACCCCCCAAAUCCCCCCCCCCACCCUCUCCGAACGGACAACCCCGCGAGGUGUCAAGCCGGCCCGGACUCGGGUCCCCCUGUCACCGGGGGGGGGGCUGCUUGUUGUCAUCUUCGCACGGAGACGCGCGGACCGGAGCGCGGACGGAAGGGACUGUGAGCAGCUCCGUAAUCUGGACCAGAGGAUCUUACACCAGGAUGUCCACGUGAGGACGCUCUCUGAGGGGAUCCCCGCCGGCAACAGGUCUUUGUGUGUGAAAACUGGAUGACUUUUGAAGCUGAAGAAAGAGGAUCUACCGAGCACUUUCCCCAAAGAAAAAUCGCUCGAGGAUUCUUAUCUUUAGAUGAAUCGGGCAGAAACAGAUCGCACGGCAACAUUAGUGUUUACAAAAUGGUAAAAGGAGGGAAACAUUUCUGAUGUUAUCCACUACCGCUCUUCUUUCAUUUCCACUUCCUGAUCCCAGCCGGGUUUUACAAUCAGCCUAUUUUGGCCAUGGACGGAUUCUUCCUGUUCCUGUGAAGUUCUCGGCAGCCUUCAGAGGUUCAGCUAUCAUGACGUGUAGUUGUGGGACCUUGUAACCCUCCAGAACCCACCUUCCCAAGUCUCCCCCCCCCCCCCACCCUCCCUCUUUAAGCGGAAGAGUGUCACGAAGAUGGAGGCUCGUGAGUCUGCUGCCGCUGGGCGGAGAUGCUCAAACAAGGAGGCGGUGAAGGAGAAGGCGUCCCUGCAGAGGAAGUGGGCGUCCGAGCCGUCUGCCACCACCAAACGAAGCACUUUUGCUGACCCGGCCGCAAAGCAACGGGAGAGUUUGCCCUGCGGUGCCACGGGGGGGUCGGCCCCCCAGCAGAAGUAUGCAAUUACAGGGAAUUCGGGGAAGCCGCUAUCGGGACUUUCUGCAGUCGGCGCCGUUGGAGGCCCUCCAUCUCAAGACCCGCAGGGCCCCUUUGCUCAGGGGUACCCAAGGGGAUACUCCUACCAGCUGGGGCAGCCGUACCCUCAGCACCCCCAAGCGGAGCGCUUCCUCUCAGGGGCCAAACCCCAGCCGGGCCUGGAGCCUCACGCCUGGCCAUUUGCUGGCCAGUUGCCCUCGGAUGACCUGUACUCUGUGGGACACCCGGGACACGCUCAUCCUCAUGGGGCCGGGAGGUUCCCCCGCCAGAAAUCUCCCAGUUUACCCAGCUCCUUCGGACAGUAUUCUCAGUCAGGUCCUGAGCCCCCAGAGGAGAGCUACGGCAAAAAAGAGCAGAAGCCGAAGAAGCCCGGCAAGUACAUCUGUCACUACUGCGGUCGCGCCUGCGCCAAGCCCAGCGUCUUGAAGAAGCACAUCCGCUCACACACCGGAGAGAGGCCGUAUCCUUGCGUGCCCUGCGGCUUCUCCUUCAAAACCAAGAGCAACCUCUACAAGCAUCGCAAGUCCCAUGCUCACGCCAUCAAGGCCGGACUCGUACCUUUUUCCGAGCUGGCUGCGUCCCGCGGGGGGGACAUGGACCAGGCGUCCCCGGCGGGCGAGGCCGAGAUCCACUCGGAUGGAGAGCAGAGUACGGAUACAGACGAGGAAGGUCCGGAGGGCUCCACCAUGCUGACGGACAAAGACAGCCCCAUACCGCAGAUCCCCUUCGAGGCCAACAAGAACAGAGGUGGUGUGGAACCAGCAUAUGCAGACUCAGCUGAAGAGCUCCCGCUGGGGGCUAUUAAAGUGCCUAUCCUUAUUGUCCCCAAGCCUGGGGGAGUCCCCUCCACGGGGAUGGAGUGCCCGUCCUCUCACUACAUGUUGGCAUCGCACGCUGGAAGAGCACAUUCCCUGGAUGACUCUCCCUCCAUCAAACAACGUUCGGCCCUGAGGCCUAAUGAGAAAAAAGGUCAGGAGUCUGAAUGUGCCACGUCGCAGUCCCUGAACCUCCUCAGUCCUCACAGCAAAGGCAGCACGGACUCUGGCUACUUUUCACGCUCUGAGAGUGCAGAGCAGCAAAUCAGCUCUCCGAAUACUGAUGUCAAGACGUACGAAGAGAUCAUGUUUGGUCGGACUUGGUACUACCGACCCAACUCCAGAUCCAGACAGUCCAUCACGGUGGGCAUGGCGGGUGCAGACCCCAGCUUAGCGGGUUUGAAGCAACCGGGUGGGAUUCUGGACAUGGGGAAGAUAGCUGAGGAUCAUAUAUGUUUCAGGGGUGAUGUAGGAGUCUCUGGAGAUCCCAAGCAGUAUCCAACGGGACCCUGUCAAAGCAGUACAGGGCUUCUGGAGCCUCCAUCCGAUUCCGCAACGCUUAUUAGGAGUAACUCCAUGCCAAACUCCUCCCCGCCCAACCUCAGCGUGCCCCCUGCCAUCCGAGGGAGCCACUCCUUCGAUGAGAUGAUGACGUCGGAUGAUGUGUUUUACCCACCGGGGCGUAGACUCAGAAGGCAAGCUGCAUUUGAACAUUCAGCCAAUGAGGCCCAUGUAGGAGAGGCCGAGGGCUAUGGACACAUGCCCAAGAGUUUAGCUUCGUCUCUGGGUAUGAAGAUUGGUGAGCGCAACCCAGGAGUCCCGGAGCACGUGGCCUACAGCCCGUAUGGUACUAAAGUUAGCAUGUCAGAAAUAGCAACAAGAAAAAGGAGGAAAGAGAAGAGUGUUGGGGAUGAUGAGGACAGCCCUGGGCAUUGUGACAGUAGCUGCAGUGGUUCAGUUGACAUGAUAGGUGACUAUGAGUUCAAACAAGGAAGUCUUGAUGGGUCAAGAGCCACCCCUACAGGAAAAGGCUCUCUCCAGAGCGCUCACAGCCAGUCCGACAGCUUUGAUACCUGUGCCAGCAUGUGCUCUGAGGACAUUGCAUUUUUACCUGACUCUGAGGUCAGGAAAGCAUCUGGGAAUGUCAUAUCAGUCAUUCAGCACACCAACUCCCUCAGCCGGCCAAGUUCCUUUGAGAAGUCAGAGUCUUUUGAGCAGCCAGGGUAUCCGCCUUCAGAUAGAGCUCUGUCCAGCCAGUACUCUGAACAGUCCGACACAGAUAUCUUUGAAGAUGCGCUGAGUCCUGAAUCCGCCCUCCUGAGAACGGAGAGCAUGGAGCAGCAGGUGCAAAGCGACAGCGACCUGGCCUCCCUCUCGUCUUCUUCAGCAGCGGCGUCACCUGGCCAGCCUUAUCACAUCCCACACAAGCUGGUGCGACAACCCAACAUCCAGGUUCCUGAGAUCAGGGUGACGGAGGAGCCCGACAAGCCUGAAAAAGAUACAGAGGCUCCCAUAACCAAGGAACCGGAGAAGCAGCUCCAACAUGUGGAGGAGUUCCAGCUGCCACAGAGGAGUGACACACUCGCCCAGAUGCCAUCAGAAAAGCUCCCGCCCAAGAAGAAGAGGCUCCGCCUGGCGGAUAUGGAGCAUUCAUCAGGAGAAUCGAGCUUCGAGUCCACCUGUACCAGCUUGUCUCGAAGCCCCAGUCAGGAGAGCAACCUGUCCCACUCUUCUUCCUUCUCAAUGUCCUUUGACAGAGAAGAAGGCCUCAAGUCCGUCUCGCCCACCAAACAGGAUGACUCGUCAGCGUCUGGCGGUGGACCAAAGCAGUCGGAGUUCCUGACGGUACCUGGCACUGGGCAUUCCAGCCACCAUCAGCAGAGAGAGAUGAGGAGGUCUUCAUCGGAGCAGGCGCCAUGCACGCUGCCCACAGAGAUGCCUGAAAUGCGCAGUAAAUCCUUUGACUAUGGAAGCUUGUCCUCCUCCAGACAGGGAGAGAUUUACUCCAGUGCCUCUGGAAUGAAAGAUCGCCGGCGGGGAUUUCUUGUCCGACAGGCUUCACUGAGUGUGUAUCCAGAGGCAAUCAUCCAGGAACCGGGGAAUGCUGAGAUGUCAAUCAAACAGGAAGUCCUGGAUCAUGGAGCAUGGCCUGGCCCAACAGGAUCCCCCCACAGCAGCAGCGAUGUGCCUGGUAGAACCAAGAGAGUUGGCAGUAGCACUGGAGGAUCCCACCACCAGCACGCUCAGCAUCACAUCCAGCACAGUAUUAGUGAGGACAGCCUGCAGGACGAGCCUCUCUAUAGGUCCCAUCAGCAUCGCUUGCAGACCCAGGGCUCUUCGUCUGAGGGUGAAUAUCAAGGUCAUGAGGUCAUGAAUAAGGAAGCAAUCCAGCAGUACCCGAGUGGCCCUCCCUUCCUUACCUACCAGCAACCCAGUUUGUUCUGGAGUCAGGAGAUCGGUCGGACUACCAGACAGCAGCUGACCCUCCAGGCCCAGCAGCAGCUUCAGAAGCUCCACAUCCGAUCACCGGGCUCCCUGCCUGGACACCCCCUCCACAAACAUCAGCCGCUUCACUCCCUGCAGCCACACGAUGGAAAGUCAGAAAAGCCGAGCUCUCAAAUGUACGCCGCCUCUUUCUCAUCUCGCAACUCUCCCCUGUCCCAGCAACAGCAGCAGAACUUUGCUUCGCUCUCCUCCGCGCACCCCUUGCCCAGCUCCAGCACUGCCGCCGGGCUUCUACAGCAGGUCCAACCAGUCUUUGCCACCCAGAACCUGGGCACUCGGUCUUCACUGCCUGGUAUGCUGGUACCUGUGCGCCUCCAAACCCACGUGCCAUCCUACGGUAGUGUCAUGUACACCAGUGUUAGCCAGCUGACGGCCACCCACGGAGGCGGAGCACAAGGCGGAGCCUCGGCAAGGCCGGGCGGAGCUGACAGCGGCAACGUGUCUCCUUCGGUCGUUGCUGUUGGUGUCAACAAACCACCCGGAGGAAUCGGAGGGGGCAUAAGUGGGGCGGGUUUCAACUUGUCGCACUUCCUCGGACACACUGACGGCGCGGCGCUGCGCCACCCGUCCUGGAACGUCGCAGACUCGCUGCCGGAGCACCGCCUGAACACAGGGAUCCCGUUGUCAAUCACCUCUGGCACCAUAUCCACCACCGACGCCUCCGGGGCCGGCGCCGGAGGCAGCAAGCGCAUGCUCUCCCCCACCAGCUCUCUGGAGCUCUUCGUCGAGACGAAGCAGCAGAAGAGAGUGAAGGAGGAGAGGAUGUACGGACAGAUCGUCAAGGAGAUGAGCGCGGUGGAGCUGAGUGGAACCGAGAGCGGCAACGAGCCCCUGACGGUGCCGGGCGCAGGUCGGCGAGCGCGUCUGAAGAGCGAGGGCUCCAUGGAUGACUCUGAAAGGAUGUCCUCUUCUCCUCCGCUCAGCGACUUCCCCGCCGGCGCCAAGAUCGCCGUCCCCGUCCGUUCCUCCGCCCCCCACCUUCCCGACGUUCCCCGGGCCGAGAGCUUCACUCCUCCUCUCCAGAUCGUCACGGACCGCUCCCCAGGUUCAGCUGGUCGGGACUCCCCGGAGGAGCUGAACGUGGACGACUCCGUCCCGGAGCCCAGCGCCAGCCCCCAGUCGAUGGUGUCCUCCGACGACGCAGAGGACACCGACAACCCGGACGAGCCUUCGCCCGGUAAGAUGCCAGUCAGCAUGCUGGUGCAGCUAGCAGCCCACCGGAGCCCGGUUCUGCCUGGACCCGGGGGUCAGACCCUGCUGCUCACGGAUGUGGCUGACGCACAGCAGUUUCUCCGGUUCCCGAGCCUGCGCGCCACCAGCAGGGUGAGCUGGUGUUUCCUGAACUACACCAAACCCAACAGCACGCAAACGGCGUCGCACAGCUCCGUCUACAACUCGUGGUGCGUGAGCUCAUACGACCCAAACCCUCUGAAUCUCAGCACCAAGGCCGCGCUGGCCCUGCUGAGGUCCAAACAGAGGAGAGACACCGAUUCAAUCUACUCGACCGCCGCCAUGUCGCCACCCAGCUCCGGGAAGCUGGUGUCAUCCGUGGCCUGGAAGCUGAGGUUUGAUCAGCUGAAACCAGAGCUGAUGCCAGUUGAUGCCGGUAAUCUGGUGAGGAAGAUGAAGGGCGUGGUGACGUGGGACCGGUCGAAGGAGGAGCAGGAGGAGAAGGAGGUCUCGGUCAAACAGGCCGCCACCGAACCGACUCGGAUUAAGAUCUUCGAAGGCGGGUACAAAUCCAACGAGGACUACGUGUACGUGCGCGGCCGCGGGCGAGGUAAAUAUAUCUGCGAGGAGUGCGGCAUCCGCUGCAAGAAGCCCAGCAUGCUGAAGAAGCACAUCCGCACGCACACCGACGUGCGGCCCUACGUCUGCAAGUUCUGCAACUUCGCCUUCAAGACCAAAGGAAACCUGACCAAGCACAUGAAAUCAAAGGCUCACAUGAAGAAGUGUCUGGAGCUCGGCGUCUCCAUGUCUUCUGUUGAGGACACUGAGGCGGACGAAGGAGAUGGCGGAGACGAAGGUCAGAGGUCAGAGAAGAUGUCCAGAGGCGCCAUGGCGGAUCACCAGUUCUCAGACGCCGACGACUCGGACGGCGGUGAGGACGACGGCGACGAGGAGGACGAGGACGAGGAGGACGACUACGACGGCGACUCCACCCCGAAGACCCGCUCGCGCUCCACCAGCCCGCAGCCCUACGGCCCGCCCUCCAUGUCUGUCACCGUCGUGGCCUCCUCCUACCCGGGGCCCCACCUCCCCCACCGCGGCGCGUCCGACCUCCUGGGCCACGCCGACCGGCCCCCGCUCUUCAGCUACUUCACCACCGUGCCGAGCAUCCGGAUCACGCCGCAGGCGCCGCCGCCCGGCGACCACGGCCAGACGGAGUACCAGCGAGGCCCGUCGAGGGACGGCGGGCGGCGGCCUGCUGGCCCCGCCCUCUCCUCGUCCUCUAUGGACGACGACCUCGCCGUCCCGUCCCCGGGCCUCUCCUCCCCGUCCUCCCGGCUGUCCUCGCCCGGGCCGGACUACCCCGGCUGCCCCUCCCCGAGCUCCCCGUCCUCGUCGCCUUCGGCCCGCCGAUACCUCUCGCCGCGCCGCGACCUCUCGCCCCGCGCCAGACGCCUCUCGCCCCGCCGCGACCUCUCUCCCCUCCGCCACAUCUCGCCCAAGAGGGACCUGGGGGGAUACAGGCGAGACCUCUCCCCCAGGAGGGGAUACCUCUCGCUGCUCUCCCCCCUCCCUCGGCCCACGUCUCCAUCGGGAAGAGACUACAAGCGCGACCUCUCACCACGAGGCCGCCACAGGGCGAUGAUCCGGCCGGUUUCUCCUCGCCGGGGGCUCCAUCAGCACCUCCACCACCAAAGCCAGCAGAGUGGAUCGCGGGGCCUCAGGACGGGUCACCAGGGCGGCGUUCCGGGUCAGGCCGAGCUGGGACGCCGCAGGACCAGUGCAGAGAUGGAGACGGAACAUUGUCUGGUCUCGCCGUCGCCAGGGGAACGGGACCAGGGUGGUAACCGCGGUAACGAGUCCAGCCCACUCCACCAGGUCCUGUUCAGUCAUCUUCCUCUUCACUCCCAACUACAGGUGCGUUCGCCGUUCCCAAUGAUCCCCAUCGGAGGGAUCCAGAUGGUGCACUCCGUCACCUCCUCCAUCACCUCCUCCGGCCCCUCCCCUGCGGGCCAGCAGGCGGCGCCGAAGAGCGCGUCCCGGCUCCUGCUGCAGACGAGCACAUCGGACGACUCCAGCACCAACGAGGCCGCCUCCCCUCAUCUCACCUCCUUCACCGAGAGGGAAGCCAGAGGAGGAGGAGGAGGCGAGAGGCCGAGGGAGCCGACCUCUCCUCGCCCCUCAUCCCGGGACGGGGCGGCAGGAGGAGGAAGAGGAGGAGUGAGGCAGGAGCAGGAGGAGAUCAUCCACACCUGCACCAAGGCCAUCGCCUCGCUCUGCAUCGACUCGGAGGAGCUCGCCGAGCGAGGAGGAGGAGGAGGAGGAGGAGGAGGAGGAACUUCCUCUCCCUCAGCGGCGUCCCACGACCCCCAGCCCCCGCGGCGCUGGCCGUCCGCGUCCAUGUCGCCCCCCUCUCCUCACCCGUCGCCGUCUCCCCCGCGGGCUCCCGGGGUUCAGCACUUUAGCGGCCUGGAGGUCAGGCCUCACCCCUCCUCCCCUCACCCUCCCUCCCCGUCUCCCUGCUCCUCCUCCCCGUCGGAAAGCCUCCAGCAUCCGGCGGCGGCCAGACCGCCGAAGCCGGAGAGGGAGGGGGGGGCAGAAAGCACAAAGAGGAGCCGGGACGUGUCGUAGGGAGGAAGAGGAGCGAUGGGUCUUUGGAUGAGAAGAAGGGAUGAAGUGCAGCGGAGAAACGCGACUUUUGCACACCUGGACACACACGCUGAGUUUACACAACUCUCAACACAAACACACUCAGAGACAAACAGACCUGCAAUGUUUGUGUGCAGCACGCCUGCUCCUCUAUUUAAGGACUCCGAGACUCUGGGUCCGUUUCCACGGUGACGCCGACGCGUCUCGACCUGGAAGGAGGCGGAACGUCAGCGAGCGUCUGACAGCUCCGUGUGUGCCUUUUAUCUCUAAACAAAGCAGGAAGGUAAAUGUAAAUACAAUACUAUCACGUAUCAGCUUUGUAUUAACUGCCCCCCCCCCGUGUUUCCUUUCUUUUUGGACACCUUAAAGUCUCAACAAGCGAUGUGAAGUUAUGAAUAUUACGAUUACGUACGGUUGCACUAAAACAUAUUUUUAUAUGAGUGACAUUUUAAAAAUGGCUUUUUUUGUGUACAGCAGCAAUUCUAUAAUACUAUUUAUUAUUGUUACCAUGUUUCAUAAAUUGUACAUUUUUCUUAAAUGUUGUGGAUGCCUUUUUCUAUGUAAAGCAUGAGGGGGGGGGGGUGCGAGGAUAUGUACACUGUAAUAUGGCUUUAUAUGUUAGACCUAUUUAUACGUCUGAGUGAGCCCCUUCUAUCGGAGGUCUAUACACAUAGAAGUAAGAUUUACCAGAAUAUUUCCCCCGCCAUAUGAGUACUUACUUUAUAUAGAAUAUCUCUCUCUAU